AUGAAUAUACUUUGUACAGAUAAGACCGGAACGCUAACCCAAGAUAAAAUAGUUCUUGAAAAGUAUAUGGAUGUUGAUGGACAUGAUAGUGAAAGAGUUUUACGACAUGCAUACUUCAAUAGUUAUUUCCAAACCGGAUUGAAAAAUCUGAUGGAUAAAGCAAUUCUGUCUCACUGUCAUGAAUUGGAGCUAGACAAUCUGGGAGAAGAAUUCACGAAGGUAGAUGAAAUACCUUUCGACUUCAACCGAAGAAGAAUGUCGGUAGUAAUAGAGAAUACUAAAGGAAAAAGACAAAUAAUAACAAAAGGAGCGAUUGAAGAGAUUCUAUCGGUGUGUAUGUUUGCCGAAAUAGACGGUGUACCCAUCCAGAUUUCCAAUCAAAUAAGAAAAAGACUGCUUGAUACAAGUAUCAAUCUCAACAAACAAGGAAUGAGAGUAUUGGGGGUUGCUCAAAAAAGCUGGGUAAACAAAACAAACUCUUUUUCGGUAGAAGAUGAAUCCGAAAUGGUACUUAUAGGCUAUCUGGCAUUUCUAGAUCCUCCGAAAGCUUCGGCAGCUACAGCGAUUACGGCGCUAUACGAUCACGGAGUUGAAGUUAAAGUUCUUUCGGGAGACAACGAAUUAAUUACUCGGAAUGUGUGCCAACAAGUAGGAAUCAGCAUUGAAAAUAUCUUGCUCGGAAACCAGAUAGAAGAAAUGAGCAACGAAGAGUUGGCAAAGAAAGCCAUCACGACUAAUAUCUUCGCCAAACUGACUCCUCUUCAAAAAUCAAGAGUUAUAGAAGUUCUUCAAUCUCAGAACAACAAUACAGUUGGUUUCUUAGGCGACGGAAUAAACGACGCUCCGGCAUUGCGCCAGGCAGAUAUAGGCAUUUCGGUCGAUACAGCUGUAGAUAUUGCCAAAGAAUCGGCAGACAUCAUCUUAUUGGAGAAAGACCUCAUGGUAUUGGAACAAGGCGUCGUAGAAGGGCGCAAAAUAUUCGGAAACAUUACCAAAUAUAUCAAGAUGACAGCAAGCUCCAAUUUCGGAAACAUGUUUAGUGUGCUUGCAGCGAGUGCAUUUCUACCAUUUCUCCCAAUGUUGCCUAUACAUUUGCUUACACAAAAUCUUUUGUACGAUAUUUCGCAGAUUACAAUUCCGUUCGAUAGUGUAGACAAGGAGUAUUUACAAAAGCCACGCAAAUGGGAUGCAUCCGACCUCAAACGAUUUAUGAUAUGUAUAGGCCCUAUCAGUUCUGUUUUUGACAUUAUUACUUAUUUAGUUAUGUGGUAUGUAUUCAAAUGUACUCUUCCCGAAGACCAAUCCUUGUUCCAGUCAGGAUGGUUUAUCGAAGGUCUUUUAUCACAGACACUCAUCGUACACAUGAUACGUACCCGUAAAAUUCCAUUUAUACAAAGCCGGGCAUCAUUCCCGGUCAUGAUAACUACAUUUAUGAUUAUGGCCAUUGGUAUAGCUAUACCGUUUACCCAACUGGGAGCUUCUAUAAAACUGACUCCUCUGCCAUGGUCCUAUUUCCCUUGGCUGAUCGGUAUACUAUUGGGCUACUGUUUCUUGACCCAAAUUGUAAAAAAUUGGUAUAUAAAUAAAUUUCAUAAAUGGCUAUAA